AUGCUUCGAUUUACAACUAGUGAACGAAAUCAGCAAGUACUAAAUUAUUUGGAUUUUCAAUAUACUGUUAAGCGAAUAAAUAAAGCUUGUGUGGAAUGGAGAUGUCGAAAUAGAAGUUGCUCAAGUUCAUUAACGUUAUCUCUUGAUAAUACAUGUGUGCGUCAUGAACCUAGUAUUCACAGCGAAUAUUGUCAAGCUGUUCAACCAAGUAAAAUAAUAGUGGAAGAAACAGUUGAAAUUAUGAAAAGAAGAGCACGAGAAGAAACAAAAUCUAUAUCAGAAAUUUAUGCGGAAGAAAUAGUAGCUACACGAAGACGACAUCCUGGUGUUCCAACUGGUUAUUACUUUCCUACUCUUAGUUCAAUUGAUUCUUCACUUUAUUAUCAUCGUUCUCUUAACUACCCAACCUUACCAAAAUGUUUAAAUGAUAUGGUUUUAUCAGGUGAAUGGUGUCUAACAAGAUCUGGAGAACGGUUUCUGUUGGUUGAUGAAACUUAUGAUAACAAAGAAAGAAUUUUGCUAUUCGGUUCGAGAUGGAGUAUUAAAUUUUUAUCAUUUUGUUCGGGAUGGCAUGCCGAUGGAACAUUUUUAACAAGACCUUUAUUAUUUGCUCAGAUCUAUAUUAUUUUCGGUUAUUUUGAUGGUUUUCUUAUUCCUUGCAUUUAUUGUUUAACUUCAAGACAAGACCAAGUUACCUAUGAAAAAAUUUUGAAUCACAUUAUAUCUAUUGGCUAUUCACAGCUUAAUACAAGGUUUUCUCCACAGUCUCUAACUUGUGAUUUUGAGCUUGGGAGUAUCAAUGCAGCUGCUAAAUGUUUUCGUAAUAUUUCAAUUACUGCAUGCUUUUUCCAUUACUCUCAAGCUCUAUGGAGAAAGGUGCAAGACCUAAAACUUAAUUCAUUGAUUUCUAAAUCAAAGACAAACAAUAAUAGUUGGUCUGAAGAACAGCGAAAAGCUGCUUAUAUUUGGUUUUAUGGAGCUAUUGGGCUCGCAUUAAUACCACCAUCUCACGUAGAAUCGGUAUGGACCAAUAUCAUGGAUGAAUACACUCCAGAAACUCCACUUGCUCAAGAUUCUAACGAUUAUAUGGUCGAAAAUUAUGUUUGUCAGCAGUCAUCACGAUACUCAAUAGAACUUUGGAACGUCUUUACUAAUAUUCAACAAAAACUUCCACGUAAUAAUAAUGCAGCAGAAUGCUACAACCAUCGUAUGUCAACUGUUUUCCCACCACAUCCUCAUAUAUACGAAUUCAUUCGACGUUUAAAAGACGAACAUGAAUAUCAGCAUCAUAAAGCGGAGGAAGCUCAAGUUCACAAGAAAAAAAGAAGAAAUAUUUACGAAAAAAUUGAUGCAAAACUUCUUCAACUGAUUCAUCAAUUUGAAAAUGGACGAAUAACAGCAACUGAACUUGCAAUCGAAUCUGGCAAAACAGUGAAAAUAAAAAAAAAGAAAUAA